CAGUCUCCCGUGAUUCUGCUGCAACAGCAGCACCCUGCAGCAACUGCCUAACAGUACUCCGCUAUAAACCUUAGCGGUCAGAAGUACUCUCAUUGCAACGAAUGCACGUACCACUGAAUAAUGCAAGUGAAACAAUAGCAUGAGAGCAGCAGAAUCCACAAAUUCUCAACAAUAACAAUGGGCGAUAAGGAACAUCACGUGCACUUCAGCGGUGGCAGUGGCCUCACGUUUAACAAUAUUAUGAUACAACCACAGCGUCAUGGAUUUUUAGACGCCCAUCUGGGGUUUCUUCAACUCCAUCACAGAUACCAUAUGGAGUUUUCAAUACCCUGGAAUACGUGUAUUCACAAUGAGAGCAAAACAAAGCCAGCGGCAGUUGUCGAGGACACUGGAAAUCCUAACUGCAAAAUCAUUGAUUUUGCAGCGGAAAAAGAUGACCUAAAAUUGAAGGUGGAAUUAUUGGCCUACCAAGAGUUCUUGAAAGAAGCUAUUCGAGUGAAAUGCUGUGAAUCUGGAGCACCAUUGACUGUCACUCUGAAAGCAAGAGUUUUGGGGAAAGAUAAAGGAACGCCAGUCCUCAAGAACGGUGUUCGCAGUAUUGCCAUUGAGGCGGAUGACGACGAUGAUAUUUCUGAGUGAAUUUUAACGUGCAAACUCAUCAAAAGUGAUUCCAUUGGAAAUAGACUGUGUCUAUGAACAAAGUAGAGCGAGAGAGUCCAGGGGCCUUCAUACAAAUGCAUUUUACCUUAUCUUCGAGACUUUAUUCGGAUGCAUUCAGUGAGUGGAACACUUUCACGAUGUAAUCGCACCUGAGAUAUGAGUCUCGAUAACUUCCCGCGAUGUGAUCACCCACCAUUCUUAUCAACAUCAAUUUUAUAAUUGAAAAAACAGUCAUGCAAAAUUUUUUUCUUCGUCCAUUGAACAAUUAUUUUUGUAACAACAACUGUGUACGUCCACACGAAAAGGGCCCAUUUUGUCGCAUCUAGUUUACGAGAUAUUCACGGUUCUAUCUCCGCAAUUCCCAUUUCAACAAAUGUUAAAUUAUUUCUUUGAACUUUUCUAGCGAAGUCAUUUUCAACGCUAUCGACAUAAUUUUGAGUGUGAAUUGUGCGGAAUGAUAUCAAUAUUCUCGGAGUACAUAACUCCGUAUCGACAAAGUAGACCCUUUUCAUGUGGGCAUUUCGAAAUUAUGGUCUAAUUUAUUACUCACCACUGAAAACAUGACUAUUUAUAGCAAAGAAUAAAGAAUGAUCAAAAUGAA